AUGGAUGAGCUGGAUGCCCUCCUCGACUCGCUUAUCGAACAGCGCAAGGCCCCGGAAGCGUCGUAUCUCGACAGCAAACAUGAGAAGACCUUGAGAAUCGACCCCAUAUCGGGAAAGGGCCAAGGGGUGUUCGCGAAACAGUUCCUGUCUGUCAAGGAGCCGAUAUGCACAUUACCCUAUCCGACCAUGAUGGCUAUCGACUCGGACUUUUUGCCGACGACCUGCUACCACUGCCUCGUCGUCACGGAGAGUCCGCUGCCCAUCCCCGGGUACGGCCACGCAUCGGUCCAGCUGAAGAUUUGCAAUGGUUGCCACGCCGCCCGCUUCUGCAGCCGAAACUGCCAGGUCGAGUCGUGGCACGCGUACCACAAAUUCGAAUGCAAAAUCUUUAAACGGGUGCAGAACAACCUGCCCCCAGCCCUCCUGCGGGCAGUGCUACGGGCGGUGCUCCUCAAGGACCGCGACAAGGUGCCGAGUGGCGAAUGGCACCGAAUCACGCAGCUGAUGUCGCACGAACAGAUCCUUGCGGCGCGAGGGCGGUCGAACUUGACGGACAUGGCCGAAGGGAUCAAACACCUGGCGGCGUCGAGCAUGGCUAUCGAGACGAUACAGCGACUGAUCUUCAUCAUGAAGUCCAAUGCCACUGAGCUUCCUACGCCCAUCCAGGGCGGUAUCGGCGUCAUGCUGGAGCCUCUCGUGGCCAAGUUUAACCACAGCUGUGAACCCAAUCUGGCUGUCCACAGGCCUCAACACACCAUGACCAGCGGCUGGAUGAGCUCGACGCAGCUCUCGGACGAUGAACGGCGGACAUUCAUCCGCGUCAUUCCUUUAAGAGAUAUUCAGCAGGACGAGGAAUUUUUCAAUUGUUACAUUGUACCCACGGCGUCGGCGAGCGCCAGGAGAACGAAGCUCAUGGAGGACUACUUCUUUACGUGCAAUUGCCCCAAAUGUCUUUCGGAUAUGAAAGCCGCUAUGGACCUCGCUGCUGAGCAACCUAGCCUCCCAGAUCAAUUUGAUAAGUGGGUUGAGUCUGUUGAACGCCAUAUGUCGCGUGAAAAGCGAAACCCUGAUGCCUUCCGGAGGGCUGCAGCGAGCAUGGACAAGUCAGACCGGUUUUUCGACUACCCUGCCCUCUAUACGACGGGGAAGUUUCCUGAAAUGGCGAUGCGACUCAUUCUCGAGGCCUUGAAAUACCAGGCCUUCGACGAAGCUCUGGUGAACGUGCUUCGGAUUUACUUCCUCGUAAACCCACAGCGCUUUGUUGGUCGGCACAACCCGACCAACGUCUACACGAUCUUCCUCAUGCUGGACAUAUUCGAUGUGCUCCUGGGAAUCUCGACUUCGUCCGGAAAUAUUGCCGGUGAUAAGGUCGAGAAGGCGCUGCAAAACCUGUCAAAUCGAGGACUGGGCAAGGACGGAGUGAUGUACUGGCGACAGAGAAUAUGUGCAGAUUUGAGGAAGAGGUUGGAGGCGAGCGCAUUGACGGAUCUGCUGGCUCUGGUCCAAAAGCGCGAGGAGCGAGCGAAGCAGAUCAGUGACCAGGACACUCUUUCCCAGGAAGACGGGUUGAUGGAACGGGCCGAGGGCGGGAUGAGGGCUGUCCUAAGGCUGGACGAGACAAGGUGGGAAACUGUGCUACAGGAGACGGGGUGUUGA